AUGGGGCCUCGGAGACUCCCAGGCCCCGCCCCGAAGGUGACGACAGCGAGCCGCCCGAGCCGCCCGGCCAAUGGGCGAGGGCCCUCGCCGUGUCUCCGCGGCGCCCACGUGCAGCCGCUGGCCCGGGGCCUCCGGAGGCUCCGGGCUCCUGGAGCAGCAGCGCUCGCUCUGCCCGGCCCCGGCCGCCCGCACGUGCGGGGAACUGAGGCCCUGAGACGCCGAAUAGCUAGUGCGGGGUCGCUGGGCAAAGCGGGCAGGAGACUCACCUCCCAGUCCGAGGGCUUGCCCAGGGGCAGAGCCUGGAGCUGGCGCCCUGAUCGAUGCCGCCGCCGCACUCCGGCCCGCCCGCCGCCAGCUGUCGCCGACAUGGAAUCUGUGGCCAGCAACAUCCAGGUCCUGCUGCAGGCGGCCGAGUUCCUGGAACGCCGCGAGAGAGAGGCUGAGCACGGAUACGCGUCCCUGUUCCCGCACCGAAGUCCAGGCCCGGUCCACAGAAAGAGGAAGGGACCCCCCCAAGCUCUUGGCGCGCUGGACUGUGGGCGGUCUGUGCACAACGAGCUGGAGAAGCGCAGGAGGGCCCAGCUGAAGCGGUGCCUGGAGCAGCUGAAGCAGCAGAUGCCCCUGGGGGCUGACUGUGCCCGAUACACCACACUGAGCCUUCUGCGCCGGGCCAGGAUGCACAUCCAGAAGCUGGAGGAGCAGGAGCAGCGGGCCCAGAGGCUCAAGGAGCAGCUGCGCAGCAAGCAGCAGAGCCUGCGGCAGCAGCUGGAGCAGCUCCGGGCGCCGGUGGGGGCUGGCGAACGGGAGCGGCUGCGGGCUGAUAGCCUGGACUCCUCAGGCCUCUCCUCUGAGCGGUCUGACUCAGACCAAGAGGAGCUGGAGGUGGACGUGGAGAGCGUGGUGUUCGGGGGUGAGGCCGAGCUGCUGCGGGGCUUCAGUGCCGGCCAGGAGCACAGCUACUCACACAGCGGCGCCUGGCUAUGA